AUGGAGAGGGGAUGGAAACCAAUGGUGGAAAUAUCACCAAAUUGUCCAAGGUGUGGCUCUUCCAACACUAAGUUUUGUUAUUACAACAACUAUAGCCUUACACAACCUCGCUAUUUUUGCAAAGGUUGUCGUCGUUAUUGGACCAAAGGCGGUUCUCUCCGUAAUGUCCCCGUUGGUGGUGGCUGUCGAAAGAAUCGACGUUCUCCGAAGCCCUUAACCCUAGCUUCAUCACCCUCAAACCCUAAAUUUCACCACACCAAUAAUGAUAGUAGUUACCACCGCCACCACCGUGGUCUCCCUGACCCUGAGGUGUCGCCGGCCAUCGAUCUGGCGGUUGUCUACGCUAAUUUUGUGAAUAAGAAGCCAGACACAUCCAAGACUACUUUGACAGCGCCUAAUACGACGUUGAACGCAACCGGUCACUUUCCGGUUUCUGGUGAAAGUGGUGUGAUUGGAUGUGGCAAUUUUUGUGAGUUUUCCAUGCAGGAAUGUGGAUUGGGGACCAAUGAUUAUCAAGUGGGCAGUUGCUUUGGGUUAGAGGAGAAUAACAACGAACAUCAAGUAGCGGCGCGUGAGCUUCAAUUGCCGCCGUUGCCGGGGGAGGAGAUGGUGGGAGGUUGGGGAGGCCCUCUGAUAAUGGUGAAUAACCAUAAUCGCUUGCAACCAACAAGAGUGGAAAUGUUUGGAAUGGAAACUCAAGACCCAAAUUUGCUGAGUGGCAAUUGGAGCCCUAUUGAUUUGUCAAAUUAUGAUACAUUCUCAAGGGCUUAA